UUUGUUGUGCAUGUGUAGAAAUGAGUGCAUGUGUAAUACAAAUAUUCAUUAUGUGCUAGGAUGAUGAUUUCAUUUCAUUAUCUUGAAGUCUGCAUGCAGCAUGAUUUUUUAUUUACUCUCUCUCCACCUCUUUUCUACACUUCUCAUUCCAAAGCAACUGAAGCACACACAAAAGACAAAAAGACAGUGAACAGUUCAGAGGCUACAAUUAUAGGCAACUCAUAGUGAAAAUGAGAGGCUGGAUUUUUCUGCUUUUGCUGGCAAGGCUUGUCGAUUUUUCCAUGACACAACAGACCAACUCUUUAACCUGGCUGAGUUAUCUGCGCAACCGAGCCUACAGUCAUGGUUAUGGCCGUAGUCACAAUAACAAUUUCGGCUCUCUAAGUACAGAGGAUGAGCCUUCUGUGCUAGACUGCCCUUUGGAGUGUGAAUGUCCUACUACCUACCCCAAAGCAAUGUACUGCAACAACCGCAGGCUACAGCACGUGCCAUUCGUACCAUCUCAUAUUGAGUAUGUAUACUUUCAAAAUAACCAGAUCACAAGCAUCACAAAUGGCGUCUUUGAUGAUGCUCCAAAUUUAGCUUGGAUCAGCAUGCACACCAAUAAACUGAGCUCUGACAAGAUUGGUGAAAAUGUCUUCGCCAAACUACCCAACCUUGAGCGCCUCUUUUUACACAACAACAACCUUAGCCGUGUUCCACAGGGUUUACCACGUUCCCUACGAGAUCUACACAUGAAUCACAACAAUAUUUCAGUAGUUCCGGCCGACUCUUUCCGUGGAAUGAGCAACCUGACGGCCCUACAUCUCCAAAUGAACGCCAUUGAAGACCUCGGUAAUGCACUUGAGGGUCUGCUAUCCUUGACUCUGUUAGACUUGCGAGGGAACAGACUGAAGAAGAUUCCAGAAAGUCUCCCGCCAAAGCUGAGCCAACUCUACCUUGAGUACAACCGUAUAUCCAGCAUUCCUGCUGACUUUCUGAGUCAACGGCCUGAGCUGCGCUUUGUACGGCUGUCCCACAAUCAGCUCACUAAUGGGGGAAUUCCAGCCAACGCUUUCAAUGUCAGCACACUUGUGGAACUCGAUUUGUCCUUUAACAAGCUGGAGAGGAUUCCCACUAUCAGCACCAGUCUGGAGAAUCUGUAUCUCCAGGCCAACAAGAUCAAAGAAUUUUCAGUGAGCAGUUUCUGCAGAGUUGUGGACACAAACAACUACUCUAAUCUGCGUGUACUGCGACUGGAGGCCAAUGAAAUCAGCGCCCAAGACAUACCAAAUGAAGCUGUACUCUGUCUGCGUCUGGCAACCAACAUUGACCUGUAGGCCUGGCAACAAGUCAUCCACAGUAACCUCCAGUCAUAUGACCAUUGACAACAUCUUGCAAAUAAGAGUUUAGGUAUUAUUUGUAUUAUCUAUUUGACAGUCAUGUGAUUUUGGCAUUUUUUAAUAAAGAAAUCAUCCUACCAAUAUCAACAGAAAAUGCUAGGAUAACGAUUAUAACAUUAUAAAAUCAUUUGAUUUCUUUAGAUGUGAACAAGCCUUUUUAAAUGUAAAUUUCUGUUUAUAUCCAUUUUAGUUCUCAAUCAAUAAUGACAGGAAUGUUAAAUGUAGGUGUGAUGGGUAUGCAGUAAAAUGUAAUGAUUACCCAGCUAACAAGGAACAUUCUCAGAACUUUAGCUAAUGUUAUGAGCAAGCAUUCUUCCAAUAAUGUUAACAGAACAUUUGACUUAUCAGUUUAAUAAUGUUCUCAAAAUGUUAGCACAAAAACAUUUUAUACAUUGUUCAUGGAACUUUUUUCUGAAACAUUUUAGUUGCAUGUUCGUCUCAAUAGCAACGUUAGCAAAAUGUUCUUAGAACAUAUUUUGUUAGCUGGGUAGUUGCAUGAAGCCAGCGUAGUUGUAUACUGGGUGCAAGAGACAUUAUUAUUAUUUUAAAAUAUAGUAAAUGCAUGGUACAAAUAAUAGUAAAUGCAUGGAACAAAUAAUGGUGUUGGUUAGGAAACUUUGUGUCUUUGCUUUGUAAUCAUGUCAUGAUUUC